AUGACGGCAGCACACGAGGGUUCGCACCCGCGUCACAAACGAACCCAGCGCCAGAUGGCGCGCGGUAACUGCGGAUGGCGACGAUUGUCAACCGGAAGGGGACACCUUCGGCAUGCAGGCGGCGGCCGGAGAUAUGCCGUGAUGCGGACGCUGGCGGUUUUGCCGUCCAUCUUGGAGCCGGUGAACGCACCACUGGUGGACAGCUGUAGCCAUACUAGUUUUAAUUAUAAAUUUUAUCGUUACCAAUACCUUCGACCUGUAGCUAUUCUGUAUAUAGCGUUAGCGAUAAUUCUAGCAAACGUGUCAGCAUUUGAGCCGGACUUUGUAUAUCCGCUGGAGAACGUAACGGUCGCGAAAGGUCGCGACGCCACGUUCACAUGCGUUGUGAACAAUCUCGGUGGUUAUCGGGUGAGUGGGGAAGCAACACCGGCCCGGGUCGCCUGGAUAAAGGCGGACGCGAAAGCGAUCCUGGCGAUACACGAGCACGUCAUCACGAACAACGGCCGGUUGUCGGUGACGCACAACGACUACAACACCUGGACGCUGGUGAUCCGGAACGUCAAAAUGGAGGACCGGGGCGUCUACAUGUGUCAGGUCAACACGGACCCGAUGAAGAUGCAGACUGCCUUCCUCGAGGUGGUGAUACCGCCGGACAUCAUCUACGAAGAAACGUCCGGUGACAUGAUGGUGCCCGAGGGUGGUUCGGCCAAGCUAAUCUGCAAGGCACGCGGCUAUCCAAAGCCGAAGAUCGUGUGGCGAAGGGAGGAUGGACGGGAAAUCAUCGCCCGCAAUGGCACACACGGAAAAAUGAAAGCAACGAUAGUCGAAGGUGAGAUGUUGUCACUGACGAAGGUGACACGUUCCGAGAUGGGAGCGUACAUGUGCAUCGCCUCGAACGGCGUACCACCGUCCGUGAGCAAGCGGCUCAAGCUGCAAGUACACUUUCAUCCACUGAUCCAGGUGCCAAACCAACUCGUCGGUGCUCCACUCGGCACGGAUGUCACGCUUAUCUGCAACGUGGAGGCAUCACCGAAAGCCAUCAACUACUGGCAGCGCGAAAAUGGCGAAAUGAUCAUCUCCAACGAGCGGUAUCUGAUGAACGAGAACGAAAGCUCCAUGUACGCGGUCCAGAUGACGCUGGUCAUUCGCAAGCUGCACAAAUCGGACAUGGGCGGGUAUAAGUGCAUUUCGAAGAACAGCAUCGGCGAUGCGGAGGGUACGAUACGGCUGUACGAAAUGGAGCUGCAGAAGAAGACCAAAUCAGCCCAUCGUGUGAACAGCGUGGAGGACACCUCGGGCAACGAUGAAAUCAACUCAACGCCCAACAUCGACCAGUCCGAGGAGAGUAACAAAAUACACAAAAAUGGCCGGCUUUAUAAGGGUUUGCAGGCGGGUGAACACGACCUAAUUAGCUCCAACACUAGCGAUGCCGCCAUCCGGAGUAGGUGGACGAGCUUGUGGCCCCUGAUGUUCGGUGCGUUGACCAUGCUAACCGUACGCUUCCGGUGUCACUGGUACACGCCACCCAGUGCGAUUUGUUGA